GCUAUUGCAACAAGGAGACAAUAUUCUAAGAUGGUUAUCUAGCGGCGACACUCAUAUACAAGUGAAAGUGCCGCUGAGAUUUCGAGCAGAACGCUAUUGAAACGAGGAGAUGGAGGCUGCGCGAGUGUUCGCCGCUGAUAAGGGAUGCCCCGCCCUGCAGCCCUCUCGCGGCAGUCACCCUCCCGGGUCCUCGCGAUCGUAGAAUUGCAGGGUCAAGUUGUUGGAGGCCCCCGGCAACGGCGUAAGAUAUUAAUCUCGGGGAUUAAACGGACAAAUCGACGGAAGAUUAAUUUUUAAGGUGCCGUAAAGUGGAAAGGAUUACCUCGACGCUUAAUUAACAGUUACGCUACGUCGUUCUGUAAUUAAUCUUCGCACUCUUUACGGGUUCCGCCGUGUCUCGCUAUGUCGAGUCGGGAGAGAAAUACGUUGGAGAAUUGCAAUUGUCGGAAUAUUUCACUGAGAAAGAUGUCCGAUUAAAAAUAUAAUCGGAUAAUCCAAUUACACAAUAACAAACGGAUAUAUCCAAUAAGAUUGUACUAGGGGCAGUCAAAUGAAAACGAGACAGAUGGAAAAAAAGUAACUACACUGUGUAUUAUUUCAAAAGUAAUCGCCAUAACUGGUAAUACAUUUAUCCCACUGUGGGACAAGACGGUCAAUGUCUUCAUGGAAAAAUGUUUGUGGUUGCCGACGGACUCAUGAUUGUAUCCAGGCGUGCACCUCUGCAUCCGAAGCAAAUCGACGGCCACGAAUGUCUUUCUUCAGGGCUCCAAAGAUAUGGAAGUCGCAUGGAGAGAGAUCGGGACUGUAUGGAGGAUGUGUAAGGGCUUCCCAGCGAAACUUCUGCAGCGUAGUCGAAACAACCCCGGCAACAUGUGGGCGGGCAUUGUCAUGCAACAGAAUGAUGCCGUCCGUCAACAUUCCUGGGCGUUUGGACUUGAUGGCGCGCUUCAAUUUCGCUGGGAAGCCCUUACACAUCCUCCAUACAGUCCCGAUCUCUCUCCAUGCGACUUCCAUAUCUUUGGAGCCCUGAAGAAAGACAUUCGUGGCCGUCGAUUUGCUUCGGAUGCAGAGGUGCACGCCUGGAUACAAUCAUGAGUCCGUCGGCAACCACAAACAUUUUUCCAUGAAGACAUUGACCGUCUUGUCCCACAGUGGGAUAAAUGCAUUACCAGUUACGGCGAUUACUUUUGAAAUAAUACACAGUGUACUUACUUUUUUCCAUCUGUCUCGUUUUCAUUUGACUGCCCCUAGUAUAUUCGAUGAAAAAUGUGAUCGGUUUUUCAAUCUAAUUUCGUCGUAACUGCAUUUCGUCGGAUGUAUCAUCCACAAUUUGAUCGGAAAAAUUAACGAUCGGGCACACUAUUUAAAUUAGUUUAUCCGAUGACAAUUUUUCCCAGUGUUAUAAUCGUUAAAUUGCAGUACAGAUGCGAACGAACGUAUUUAUAAUUGCGAUUUCGCGAUAUCGCCGAAUUUGUAACAUAUUUAUUACGGAUAUAAAUCUUCCGACUGAAUCCCGUCGACGUUAAUGAUUCUCUGGGUUUUUAUCUGAAAAUCGGCACGGCGCCAAAGACCGCGAUAAGGGUCACGUGAGUCAAUCUCGUGCGGCGAUGGCAAUAUUAAUACCUUAUUCUUAUUCAUUGACACGCGCAAAUUGGCCGCGAGUUGCCAGGCCUGUGGGAAACCGCUACAAAAUAUCCCCUAUUAAAUUCUAUGGGGCGCCUGGGGUGCCGUUUCGUCGAUUUCUGUAAUGGGAAUUUCUCUCUUUGGGCUGGCUAUUUUUUCACAUUCUCUCUAUGUGUGUAACAAUCGUAUGUGAAAAGAAUAAUAUUGCAGUUCACGCGAUUGUCGUAUAGAAAAAAAA